AACAAAAUCAUAAAACCGGUUUUCUGUUUUCACUCUCAUCUCUCUCGGUUGUUUUCUUCGUCUACACAAACCCUAGCCCAGAAAGUGUGUGAUUUCGACUACGUAGCCUUGAAUAUGGAUCAAUUCGGUGGAGGAAACUGGAAUAUGAUCCCAACCAUGCCAACUCAUAGCAACCCUACCACGCCAUCCAACCAGGAUCAUCUAUAUCUCCAGCAACAGCAGCAAUUUCAACAGCAGCAACAAUUUCAUCAACAACAACAGUUUCAACUGCAACAACAACAGCAGCAACAACAACGGUAUCAGAUUUCUCAACAACAACAGCAGCAACAACAACAACAACAACAACAGCAACAGACUUCACAAUCACUGGCUUCGCACUUCCACCUCCAAAACUUGGUGGAGAAUUUAGCAGAUGCGAUUGAGAAUGGAACUCGAGAUCAGCAUUUUGAUACACUGGUUACUGAAUUGAGCAGCCACUUUGAGAAAUGCCAGCAGCUCUUGAACACAAUAUCUGGAUCUAUUGCCACCAAAGCUGCGACGGUGGAGGGGCAAAAACGUAAAGUUGAUGAAGCUGAACAAAUGCUAAAUCAAAGAAGGGAACUAAUUGCAAAGUACAAAAAUUCUGUUGAAGAACUUACAAAGUCUGAUUUGUAAGUUACUUGAGUAUAUCAAGAAAGUAGGGUGUCUCUGUUAAAAUCUUGCUUGAGAAAAAUGAAUAAUAGUUACAUUUAAUUGGAUGUUUUGAGUGUAAAUCUUCACUAAAUGUGAGAAAUGAAUUUAAUUGGAUGUUUCUCAAAUAACAAUUCUAGUAUGCCAUAUCGUUUUAAUUGGAUUCAUAUCAAAUUAUGUUAUCAUUAA